AUGGUCGCCGCUGUGGAAUCGCCAGUAAGCGCGAAUUUGUGUUCGACUCUACCAGGCGCGGAAUCACGUAUUAUACAAAUUGUCAAAACGGUGGGAGUAACGAAGGUCAAAUCGGUAGAGAAAACACUCAUACGAAUGUUACUCAAUCGCUACGAACAGUUUGGAGUGGUUGGACGGCCAGUGAAUGACAGCAAAAUACAAGUUGUUGUGGCCUACGGAUUACAGUUGUUUCAAAUUCUCGAUUUGGAUGAGAACAAACAAAUUCUGCGCACCAACUGCUGGUCAAUCGCCGAUGAACGUUUGAAAGAGCACCGAGAGGCACGCGUUGUUAUACAGAACGACGGAUCAGUACUAUGGAUUCCACAGGCACUUUUCAAGAGCACAUGUGAGGUGGAGAUAACCUAUUUUCCGUUUGAUACGCAAGUUUGCAUGCUCGAGUUCGGCUCGUGGACCUAUGACAAGACACAAAUGGAUAUUAUCUGGUGGACAAGUUCAGAUGAAGGAGCCCAAAUGUCACCGUUUGUCGACUUCUCCGACUAUGUACCAAGCAAUGAAUGGCGCACCGACGGCGAGCUUGAAAGAGAUGUCACUCCGUUAGAACGCAAACUGCAAAUUCGAUCAGUGAAAAGAUAUCGACGUCGCAACCAAACCGUCGGCAAUCAAACUCUGAAUCGAGAAUAUCCGGUUUUGUGCUAUCUCGUACGCCUACGCAGAAAUCCAAGCUUCUACGUCUUCAUGUUGGUUAUUCCAUGUGUCUUAUUGUCAUCGCUCACUCUGGUUGUCUUCUGGCUUCCACCGGAAUCACCCGCGAAGAUGAUGUUAGGUGUUUUCUUCUGCUUAAAUAUGAUCAUGAUCACCUUAUCAACGUUUUUGGCGACUCUCGUCAUUCAUCUCUAUUUCCGUGGAGAUAGGAACGGAUCGGUACCAGCGUUUCUUCGAAGGAUAGUCAUUGAAGGAAUCGGACGACUAGUCUACGUUCGACAGCGCAUACCUCUGCCCGAUGUGAAGAAGCCCGUCGUACCCUGCUCACCUCGAGGAACUUCAGUGAAAGGGCGCUCCAAACCUACUAUACCCGAGCAUGUUGGGAACAAAUUCUUUCUCAAUUACACACCAACUGCAGAAGAUAGUCGAGUAGGGUACUAUGGGGCGAACAACCGCCUUCGUCCGGAUUGUAUUCAGGGUGCCUGUCCUCAAAUGUAUGGUGGCGGACCGCCGUUUCCACAAGCUGGUAAGGUGAUGGGACCAAUGUAUCCGAGUUAUUUUGACACUGUGACUUGCAGCUGCAUGGGGCCUCGUGACGGUUGUGAGCAACCGACUACAGUGAAUGAACCGGUAGCUUCACAACGACCGUCGAAAAAGAAUCACCGUGGAUUAGUUCCAACCCCAGGCAAAGCCCAGGCCGGAGAGUCAGAUGAUUCUCCUGACUUACUGGAAUCCACAGUAACUUUGGAGCGUGAUGUUCGAGAGGUGAAACGCUACGUGAAAAUGUUUGUCAAUCGACAGAAGGAAAUCCACAGAAAAAGUCUCAUCGCCAUGGAGUGGCGGACCCUGGCUCUGGUGUUGGACAGACUGUUUUUCUUCCUCUAUAUCACCACCAUCGGGAUUGCUGUGUUAGUAUCGGUGCCGCGGAGCACAGAGCCCGUCCUUAAGGCUGAGUUCCUCCACUCAGAGGAGUAA